UUCUUCCUCAAGGACCGAGGCUGUAAAAAAAUCCCUUUCUCUCUCUCUCUCUCUCUCUCUGGGGUCUUGUAGCAAAGUGAGGGACUGCACUUUGCAAGCCUACUGUGUGUGCCAAAGUGGUGUCUUCCAUAACCCCCCUUUAAGGGGGCGCAGAAACUGUUGCUUACAGACUAAACUUCCAGGUGAGUUCCUUUGUGUAAAUGCAUCUUCCUUGAUAAAUAGCCCUUCGUUUGCUUCUUUGGGCUAUGUCACUCGUCACUCAAGGGCCACCCUGUGCUCAAACCCACAGCCUAAGCCCCAAGGCAGAAGCCAACAGGAUUUUGGGUGGAGCUUAAUGGACACUGCGGGAACUUCACUUUUCCCCUCUGGCUCACGAGCGGGAGGAACGCGGGUCCCAACUCCUGCAGCUGCCUCGCUGCGGGGCUGAUCCGCGGCGAGGCGGGGUCGGGUCCCACGUGGCUGCUGCCGCCGGGCUCGCCCAGGCCCCUCCCGGAGGCCACGGCGCGAACUGCAGAGGCUGCGGGCGAGAGGCGUGGGGCGGCAGGCGAGCGCCUCCGGACUCUCGGCCGGGCGCGCCAUGGUUGGCGCCGGGAGCGUGCAGCGCCCUGCGGCUGCGGGCUAGCCCGGCCCGGCGGCCCCCGCUACUUCGCCCAUUCCCUCUGCCGCCCGGGACGCGGAGCCGUUGUCGGGAGGAUGAAUCCCCGGAGCUGGUUCCUGCUGCAGAUCCUCUGCCUCCUGCCCACGGGCGCUGUCCCGCGGCGCGAGGCUCCCGCUUCUGCCAACUGCGAGCUCAAGCCCCAACAAAGUGAUUUGAAUUCCUUCCUAUGGACCAUCAAGCGAGACCCGCCAUCCUACUUCUUUGGCACGAUCCACGUCCCGUACACCCGGGUCUGGGACUUCAUCCCUGACAACUCCAAGGAGGCGUUCCAGCACAGCAGCAUUGUCUACUUCGAGUUGGACCUCACAGACCCCUACACCAUCUCGGCCCUCACCAGCUGCCAGAUGCUGCCGCAGGGCGAGAACCUCCAGGACGUGCUCCCCAGGGACAUAUACUGCCGCCUCAAGCGCCACCUGGAGUACGUCAAGCUCAUGAUGCCCUCCUGGAUGACCCCGGACCAGCGGGGCAAGGGGCUGUAUGCCGACUACCUCUUCAAUGCCAUCGCGGGCAACUGGGAGCGCAAGAGGCCCAUCUGGGUGAUGCUCAUGGUCAACUCCCUGACCGAAGUGGACAUCAAGUCCCGCGGGGUGCCCGUCUUAGACCUGUUCCUUGCCCAGGAGGCCGAGCGGCUGAGGAAACAGACUGGGGCCGUGGAAAAGGUGGAGGAGCAGUGCCAUCCGUUGAACGGCCUGAACUUUUCCCAGGUCAUCUUUGCUUUGAACCAGACCCUCCUGCAGCAGGAGAGCCUGCGAGCCGGCAGCCUUCAGAUCCCCUAUACCACGGAGGAUCUCAUCAAACACUACAACUGUGGGGACCUCAGCUCGGUCAUCUUCAGCCAUGACAGCUCCCAGGUUCCGAAUUUUAUUAACGCCACGCUCCCGCCUCAGGAACGCAUCACCGCCCAGGAGAUUGACAGCUACUUCCGCAGGGAGCUGAUCUACAAGCGCAAUGAGAGAAUGGGGAAGCGGGUCAAGGCCCUUUUGGAGGAGUUCCCUGACAAAGGCUUUUUCUUUGCCUUUGGAGCUGGAAAGCAGUAGAAGAUGGCCAAGUCCUGGGGCCCCUGCACCCAUGUGGGAGACCCAGAAGAAGCGCCUGGCUCCUGGCUUCGGAUCGGUGCAGCUCCGGCUGUUGUGGCCAUCUGGGGAGUGAACCAGUGGAUGGAAGACCUCUCUCUCUCUCUCUCUCUCUCUCUCUCUCUCUGUGUGUGUGUGUGUAACUCUGAAUUUCAAAUAAAUAAAUAAAUCUUAAAAAAAUCAGUUGGGGCUUACAAGGGGCUGAAUUUAAAAAGUGUAAAAGGAAAUAGAAAUGCCCCAAAGGUGAUUUUUGAAAGCUAUGACAUAUUCCCCAGAUUCUAAAAUGUCAGGUGCAUGAGGAGAGCUUGCGCAUGCUUAGAGAGAUCCAAGAAUGUCCUCAUCUCUCACCUUUGCCCGAUCUUGAGACUCUGGACAAAUAGAGAGUGAAAGUGUAGGCAGGGUUGUAAAGGCGUGCCCCAGCACUCACGCAGCCCCUCUGCAGAGGCUGGGAAACUUACAGAGUUUGGUCAUUUGCGGAAAUUUCUGUUCGUUCUUUACCUGAUGGCUCAGCUCACUGAGCGACUUCAGGGACCACACAAGACAAAGAAUACAGACUUUACAGAGUUGGUCCUGGGGAGUCACUCCUAAACCAUGGUAAGAACAGCAAGAUAGCCAGGGAGGCCUGGUGUUCAGAGAUGGCACACCACAGUAUUUAAAAUGUCCAGUUUUCAGCACAAAUCUAUGGCUAGAAAUCUAUGGCCAUUUCUAGGAGAAAAACCAAUCACCAGAAACAGUCCUUGUGGAAGCCCAUAUAUUAGGUUUACUAGAAAAGAGUUUGAAUCCAGCUGUUAUAAGUAUGUUGAGAGAGCUAAAAUAAGCCAUAUCUAAGGAGCUGAAUAAUAUCUCACCAAAUACAGACUGUCCAUAAAGAGAGAAAUUAGGAAACAGAACCAGAUUCUGGAGAGUGUAGUAGCUGAAAUGAAAAAUUCACUAGAGGGACUGAGCAGUACAUUUGAGCUGGCAGAAGGAAUCCACAUAUGUGACUAUGGGCUGAUUGAGACUGUUCAGUAUGAGAAAAGGAGAGGAAAAAGAAUGAAUAAAAAUGAACAGAUUGAGGCCAGCGCUGUGGCAUAGUAGGUUAAGCCUCUGCUUGCUGCACCAGCAUCCCAUUUGGGUGCUGGUUCGAGUCCCCACUGCUCCACUUCCAAUCCAGCUCCCUGAUAAAGGCUUGGGAAAGCAGCGGAAGACGACUCAAGUACUUGGACCCUUGCACCCAUACGAGAGACUUGAAAGAAUCUCCUGGCUUCAGAUCGGCCCAGCUCCAGCUGUUGUGGCUGUUUGGGGAGUGACCCAGUGGAUGGAAGACCUCUCUGUUCCUCCUCUCUCUGUAACUCUGCCUCUCAAAUCUUUAAAAAAAAACUGAGCAGAUUUACAGAGACCUGUGGGACAUCUUCAUGUAUACCAGUGUAUACUUAGCAGGACUGCUACAGGAGAGGAGAGAAAGGAACAGAAUGGAUAGUUGAAUAAAGAUAAGUCCAAAAGUUUAUGAAAAUUAUCAGUGCAAAUUCAAUGAAUGAACUCUUAGAUCCGUGCCAAGCUGCCUCACAGCCAAACCGUCAAAAGCCAAAAGUAAGAAGAAAUCUUCAAAGCGCUGCAUUGAAGCAACUUACUGCAUAUAAAGGAUCCGUGAUAAGAUGAACAGAAGAUUUCUCAACAGAGCCCAGGAGACUUUGGGGGGUAUGUGUGUGGCAUAUUAAAAGUGCUAAAAAAAAAUGACAACAUUUCCACUUCCAGCAAAAUUACAAAAAUUAAGAGGAAAUUAAAAUAUUUUUAGAUAAAUAAAAACAACUUUUCAGUAGCAGACCUAUCCUUCGAGAAACAAUAAAAGGAAUCCUUUAAGCAGAAAUGAAAGGCUAUUACACAGUAACUGAAAUCCACAGGGAAUGGUAAAGCAUAUCAGUAGGUAGGAAGGGAAACAUAAAAGAUAGUGAACAUGUACUUUUUUUUUUUUUUUUUUGACAGAGUGGACAGUGAGAGAGAGACAGAGAGAAAGGUCUACCUUUGCUGUUGGUUCACCCUCCAAUGGCUGCCACUGCCGGCGUGCUGCAGCUGGCACACAGCGCUGAUCCGAAGGCAGGAGCCAGGUGCUUCUCCUGGUCUCCCAUGGGGUGCAGGGCCCAAGCACCUGGGCCAUCCUCCACUGCACUCCCUGGCCACAGCAGAGAGCUGGCCUGGAAGAGGGGCAACCGGGAAACAUGUACUUCUGAUUAUAAUUCUUUUCUUACCUCUCUGGAUUAUACAAUUACAUAAAGCAAUAAUCAUAAAAUUUGUAUGAAUGGAUUUAUAAUAUAUAAAGUUGUAAUUUAUGAAAAUAGGAAAGAGCUAUGUUAUAGGAAAGUUAUGCUAUUCAAUUAAGAUAACAUUAAUUCAAAUUAAAGUAUUUUAAGUUGUUAAUUGUUAUUCCUAGAACAGACACUAAGAAAAUAACUGAAAAGAUACAGUAAAAGAAGAAAAAGGGAAUUAAAAUGCGGUACUAGAAAAUAUCUAUUUAAUAUUUAAAACAGUUAUAAAGGGGCAGAAGAAGAAGAAAAAUAUGACAUAUAGAAAAGAGAUAGUAGGGCCAGCAUUGUGACAUAAUGGGUUACACCACUGCCUGCAGUGUUGGCAUCCCAUAUGGGUGCCAGUUUGAGUUCUGGCUACUCCACUUCUGAUCCAGUCCCUGUUAAUGUGCCUGGGGAAGCAGUAGAAGAUGGCCCAAGUGCUUGGGCCCUUGAACACACAUGGGAGACCUGGAAGAAGCUCUUGGCUCCUGGCUCUGGCCUGGCCCAGCUCUGGCCAUUGCAGUCAAAUGGGUAAUGAGUGAGGUGGAUUUCCCUCUCUUGCUGCCCCCCCCAACUCUCUAACUCUGCCUUUCAAAUAAAUAAAAUAAAUCAUUAAAAACAAAAAGAGAUAGCAGUGGCUGGUGUUGUGGCACAGCAGAUUAAGCUGCUGCCUGCAAUGCCAACAUUCCAAAUCAGAGUGCAGAUUCGAGCCUCAGCUGCUCUGUGUCUGAUCCAGCUUCUUGCUAUCGUGCCUGGGAAAGCAGUGGAAGAUGGUCCAUUUACUUGGGCCCCUGCCAUUCAUGGAAGAGCCCCAGAUGGAGUUCUUGGCUCCUGACUUCAGCCUCACCCAGCCCCUACUCUCCCAGCCCUUUGGGGAGUGAGGUAGCAGAUAGAAGGUCUCUUUCUCUCCAUUUCUUUCUGUCAGUUUUUCAAAUAAUAAAUCUUUAAAAAGAAAAGAAUUAGCAAAAUUCUGUAUUAUUAGUAAUGACCUUACAUACAAAUAUAAAUAGAAAUAUAAGCAAUCAGAAAAUGGCAGAACAGAUAAAAAAUGGUCCAUCUAGUUGUACUUUAUUUUUUAUUUUUUUUGACAGGCAGAGUGGACAGUGAGAGAGAGAGAAAGGUCUUCCUUUGCCGUUGGUUCACCCUCCAAUGGCUGCUGCGGCCGGCAUACCACGCUGAUCCGAUGGCAGGAGCCAGGUACUUCUCCUGGUCUCCCAUGGGGUGCAGGGCCCAAGUACUUGGGCCAUCCUCCACUGCACUCCCUGGCCACAGCAGAGAGCUGGCCUGGAAGAGGGGCAACCAGGACAGAAUCUGGCGCCCCGACCAGGACUAGAACCCGGUGUGUCGGUGCCGCAAGGUGGAGGAUUAGCCUAGUGAGCCGCGGCGCCGGUUUAGUUGUACUUUUUAUAUGUCUACAAGCGAUUAAGUUUUUUUUUUUUUUUUUUAAGGAUUUAUUUAUUUGAAAGGAAGAUUUUUAAAAAUUUCUUUUAAACUUUUAUUUAAUAUAUUUGCAAAGUACAACUUUUGGAUUAUAGCGGCUUUUCCCCCUGUAACCUCCCUCCCACCUGCAACCAUCCCAUCUCCCACUCCCUCUCCCAUCACAUUCAUAUCAAGAUUUAUUUUCAAUUAUCUUUAUAUUCAGAAGAUCAACCUAAUAUACACUAAGUAAAGAUUUCAACAGUCUGCACCCAGAUACAUAAGGUAUAAAGUACUGUUUGAGUAGUAGUUUUACCAUUAAUUCGCAUAGUACAACACAUUAAAGACAGAGAUCCUACAUGGGGAAUAGGUGCAUAGUGACUCCCGUUGUUGAUUUAACAAUUGACACUCUUGUUUAUGGUGUCAGUAAUCACCCGAGGCUCUUGUCAUGAGCUGCCAAGGCUAUGGAAGCCUCUUGAGUUCGCCAACUCCGAUCUUAUUUAAACAAGGUCAUAGUCAAAGUGGAGGUUCACCCCUCCUUUCAGAGAAAGGUACUUCCUUCUUUGAUGGCCUGUUCUUUCCUCUGGGAUCUCACUCACAGAGAUCUUUCAUUUAGGUCAUUUUUUGCCACAGUGUUUUGGCUUUCCAUGCCUGAAAUACUCUCAUGGGCUUUUUAGCCAGAUGCAAAUGCCUUAAGGGCCGAUUCUGAGGCCAGAAUGCUAUUUAGGACAUCUGCCAUUCUAUGAGUUUGCUGUGUAUCCUACUUCCCAUGUUAGAUCUUUCUCUCCUUUUUAAUUCUAUCAGUUAGUAUUAGCAGACACUAGACUUGUUUAUGUGAUCCCUUUGACACUUAAUCCUAUCAUUAUGAUCAAUUAUGAACUGAAACUGAUCACUUUGACUAGUGAGAUGGCACUGGUACAUGCCACCUUGAAGGAAUUGAGUUGGAAUCCCCUGGCACGUUUCUAACUCUACAAUUAGAGGUAAGUCAGAUUGAGCAUGUGAUGAAAGGCGGAUUUAUAGACAGGGACAGAGAGGCCUUCAAUCCACUGGUUCACUCCUCAGGUGGCUUCCAUGGCCAGGGCUGGCCCAGACUGAAGCUAGGAGCUUCUUUCAGGUCUCCCACAUGGGUGCAUGGGCCCAAGCACUUUGGGCCAUCUUCUGCUGCUUUCCCAGGCCAUUAGCAGAGAGCUGGAUGGGAAGUGGAGCCGCUGGGACUUGAACUGGUGCCCACAUGAGAUCCCUGUGCUGCAGGUGGAAGUUUAACCUACUAUGCCACAACACCAAGCCCCAGGGAUUCAGUUUAGAUUCAAAGGCACAAAUAGACUGAAGGUACAAGAAUGGAAAAAAAUAUACCUUGAAAACAGUAAUUAAAAGAAAGUUGGAGUGGCUGUUGUAUCAGACAAAACUGACUUCAAAUAAAAAUUUAGUAUCAGAUAAAGGACAUAUUUUAAUAAUAAAAGGGUCAGUCCAGUAGGAAGGCAUAACACAUGUUCAUCUAAUAACAUUACAUUAAUAACAUUAAAUACAUGGCGUGAAACCAGAUAGAGCUGAAGAACUACUAGAUGGAUAAUAAAAGUGGGAGAUUUUAUUUAAAAAAUUUAUUUUCGUUUUACUUGAAAGGCCUCACAGAUCUAGAGAGAUCUUCCAGCUGCUGGUUCAUUGCCCAGAUGCCUACCAUAGCUAGGGCUGAAGCAGCGUGAAGCCAGGAGCCCAGAACUCCAGCAGGGUCUCCCGGGUGGGUGGUAGGGACUAAAGCACUCGAACCAUCAUCUGCUGCCUCCCAGGGUGUCCAUCAGCAGGAAGCUGGAAUCAGAAGCGGGGGCUGGGACUCAAACCGAGGUGUGCCAGUGUGGGAUGCAGGCAUCCCAAUGGUGUCUUAACUGCUGAGCCAAAUGCUUGCUCCCAUUAAUUGGUGUUGGAGUGUUCUAUCAGCCUUGCACACUUGAAAUAAAUCCUACUUGUGCAUAUUCUUUUGAUACAUCUUUGGGUCCUAGUUGCUGAUAUUUGUUGAAGAGUUUUACAUAUAUGUUCAUGGGAGAUACUGAUCUAUGAUUUUCCUGUCUUGUAAUAUCUUUAUCUGGUUUUGGUCUUAGGGUAAUACUGGCCUUGUAGAAUGGGAGAGGAAUAUUACUUUUUUUUAAAAAAAUUAUUUGAGAAGGAGAGUUUCAGAGGGUGAGAGAGACAGAGGUCUUCCAUCUGCUGGUUCACUCCCUAAAUGACCACAACAGCUGGAGCUGUGUCAAUCUGAAGCCAGGAGCUUCUUCUAGGUCUCCUAUGUGGGUGCAGAGCCAUGUUCCACUGCUUUCCCAGGCCAUUAGCAGGGAGCUGGAUUGGAAGUAGAGCAGCUGGGACAUGAACCAGUGCUGAUAUGGGAUGCUGGCACCUCAGGCAGAGGCUUAAGCUACUACACCACAGUGUAGGGCCCCAGGAAUCUUAUCUUUUAAAGACAUUUAUUUGAAAGGCAGAAUUACAGACGGGGAGAGACAGAUCUUCCUUCUGCUGGUUCACUUCCCAGAUGCACGCAGCAACCAGGUCUGGGCUUGGUUUCAAUGUGGAGCGGGGGACAGAACUUGGGCCGUUUUCUGUUGCUUUCCCUGGUGCGUUACCAGAGAGCUGGAUUGGAAGCAGAAUAACUGGGAUGAACCCAUACUCUGAUAUCAGACGCUGGCAUUGCAGACAGCAGCUUAACCCAUUGCAUCGUACCACUGGUCCCGCUCUGUUCUUAUUUUUCCGUUCCUUGUGGAGAAUUGGUAUAAUUUCACCUUUAAAUCUUCAGUAGGACUUAUCAGUGGCAUCAUCUGGGCCUGGUGUUUUUCCUUUGGAAAAUUAUUGAUUUAAUUUUUAAAUAGAUAUAAGCUUUUCAAAUUGUUUAUUUCUUCCUGUGUGAGUUUUGGUAGUUUGUGUCUACUAGGAAUUACUUAGUUUUAUGAAACUACAACUUUUGGGUGUAGAGUUACUACCCAUCAUACUCCUUUUAGUGUCCCUGGCCUCAGUGGUGAUGGCUUCUCCUUUCUUUCCGUGUUAGUAAUUUGUGACUUCCCUGUUUCCCUUGAUUAGUCUGGCUGGUGGUUUAUUAACUGUAUCAAUUUUUUAAAAAGCUCCCUUUUUUUGGUAUAUUAUCUAAUUUAUGCUUUAAUUUGUGUUAUCUCCUUUCCUCUGCUUGAUUUAGCCUUAAACUGCUCUUCUUUCUCUAGCUUUCGAAUGUAGAUGCUUAGAUGACUGAUUUUAGAUCUCCCUCCUUUCCUGAUGUAUACACUCAAUGCUUGAAUUUUCCCCAAGCACUACUCAUGCUGCACCUUGUAAAUUUUUAUGUUUCAUUUUCAGUUCAAACUUCUUUUGACUUGUGUAUUAUUUACAAGUGUGCUAUUUAAUCUUUUCAUAUUUUGGGGCUUUCAGUGACCUUUGUGUAAUUGGUUUUUGAUCCAAUUCAAUUGUCUAAAAGCUUACUUGGUGUGACUUCUUUCUUAUACAUGUAUUGAAACGUGUCUUAUGGUGCAGAGUGUGGUCUGUCUGCGUGAAUGUUCCAUGUGAGCCAAUAGAUUGUGUUCUGUGGUUGUUGGAUGAGUCAUUCUAUAAAUGUCAAUUAAAUCAAUUGGAUUGGUGAUGCUUUUCAUUUCACUGUAUUUCCUAUCUGAUAAUUCCAGGAUCUCUGUCAUGUCUGCAUCUGGGUGUGAUGCUUAUUUUAUUUCUUCAGACUGUUACUGGCCUUUUAGUAUGCAUUGCAAUUUUUCAUUGAAAGCUGGACAAGAUUGAUCUGGCAAUAGGGAGUGAGGUAGAUACAGCCAGGUGCUCUGUAGUGACAUUAUAAGAGUAGAAGAAUAAGGCAAGUGGGAGACAGAACAAGACAAAAAGGAGACAGACCACAAACUCCACAGCCAGAACAGGUUUAUCCAGAGGCAAACCUGAGAGGGACCCAACGGGUGGAUAGAGAGAGCACACGGUAGAGAGCAUGUUUGCUUACAGACCAGGUGCUUAUCUUGCUGAGCUAGGGGCUAUUGGCUGAAUUUUUAAGCUGGUUGGGAGGGCUUGGGCUAAUGGCUGAACUCUUAGAUAGCAGUGUGUCUUGGGUGGGCUUGGGCCAACAGCUGAACUCCUAAGAUAGCAGUGCAGCUGUAAGAUGAUGUCACUUCUCACGAGCCUAUUCACGAUCUGACAGACGUUUUGGCCAAUGAUGGAUUGCACAGAUGAUAGCUGUCUCAUCCAUUCUAUCACCUAUGGUACUGUGGCCACCUUAGUUAGUCUACAUAUGCUCUAUGAAGUUUACACUAGGAUGGAACUGCCUAAUGAUGCACUUCUGGAAAUGUGCAUGUCUUUAUUAUGAGGUUUUAUUUAUUUUUAAAAUUAAAAAAAUUAAUUAAGCAGAGUUAGAGAUAUCUUUCCCAAAUGGCCAUAAUGACUGGGGCUGAGCUAGGCCAAAGCCAUGAGCCUGGACAUCCAUCUGGGUCUCCCAUGUGGGUAGCAGAGGCCCAAGUACUUGGCCCAUCUUCCAUUGCUUUCCCAGGCCAUUAGCAGGGAACUAGAUUUGCAGUAGAGCAUUUGGGACUCAAACUAGCACUGACAUGGGAUGCUGGUUAGCAUCACAGGCAGUAGCUGAACUUGCUGUACCCUAAUGCCGGCCCCUGUAAUCUGUUAUUUUACAUGAGCCCAGGGUGGGUAGAGCUCCAGUGAAGAUACCAAUUCACACUCACUAAGCUAUAAUAAAAAAGAUAGACAGUAACAAGUUUUGGUGAUGAUGUGGAGAGGUUGGCACCCUCAUACAUUGCUAUUGGGGGUGUAAAAUGGUGCAAUCAUUUUGGAAAAUUGACAGUUUAUCAAAAUCAAGCAUAGACCUAUCCUUUGAGUCAACAUUUUGACUCCCAGAUAAUAUACCCAGGAAAAUUGCAAACAUGUAUCCAUGCAGAAAUUUGUACAUGAAUGUUUGCAGCAGCAUUAUUUAUAAAAGCCAGUCCAAGUGUCCAUCAACUGAUGAAUGCAUAAAUAACAAUGAUAUGUCUGUACAAUGGAAUAUUACUCAGCUGUGCAAAGGAAAGAAGUGCUGAUGCACACUACACGCAAAUGGGUUGAAAACACUAUAUGAAGCAGAAAAAGCCGCUCACCAAAUUCCACAUCUUAUAGUAUUUAUUUGGAAUUUACAUUUAAAUGAAAUGUCCAGAACAGGCAAAUCUGUACAUAUAGAAAGUAGAUUGCCAGGGACUAGAAGCAGGAAAGAAUAGGUAGUAUUGCCUUUGGAUGCGCUUUCCAGGGGUGGGAAUGACAGUAAUUUUUUAUUUUUUAUUUUGUUUUUGAAUUUUUUAAAUAAGCAAAUAUAUUCUUUUUGGUUAAGAUUCAUUUGAAAGGCAGAGUUACACAUAGAGAGAAGGAGAGGCAGAGAGAGAGAGAGGUCUUCCAUCUGCUAGUUCACCCCCCAAUUGGCCACAAUGGCCAGAGCUGCACCGAUCCAAAGCCAGGAGCCAGGAGCUUCUUUCAGGUCUCCCAGGCGGGUGCAGGAGCCCAAGGAGUUGGGCCAUCCUCUACUGCUUUCCCAGGCCACAGCAGACAUCUGGAUUGGAAGUGGAGGAGCUGGGACUUGAACCGGAUGCUGGCACUGCAGAUGGUGGCUUUACCUGCUAUACCACAGCGCUGGCCCCACUGAAUUUUUUUUAAGGUGAACACAUUUCAUAUUUACAGAUUUAGGAGCAUAGUAACACUUUCCACCCUAUUCUCCCUCCUAUCUACAUUCCCACCUAUCCUCCUCCUUCCUUUCCCAUUCAUUCAAUUUUUAUAAUGAUCAACUCUCAGUCUAUUUUAUACUGAUAAGAUUAACCCUGGGGCCGGAGCUGUGGCGUAGUGGGUAAAGCUGCUGCCUGCAGUGCCCGUAUCCCAUAUCGGCACCAGUUCAAGUCCUGGCUGUUCCACUUCUGUUCCAGCCCUCUGCUAUGUCCUGAGAAAGCAGUGGAAGAUGGCCCAAGUGCUUGGACCCUGCACCCAUGUGGUAGACCCAGAAGAAUCUCCUGGCUAUGGUUGGGUGCAGCUCCAGCAGUUGCGGCCAUCUGGGGAGUAAAUCAGCAGAUGGAAGACACCACCCCCCACCCCCGCCACCUCUGCCUCUCUAUAAUUCUGCCUUUCAAAUAAAUAGAUAAAUAUUAAAAAAAGUCAGUGAAAGAGUAACCCUACACUAAGUAAAGAAUUCAACCAAUAGUAAUAAAAAAAAGCACUAUUCCUCAAUGUAGAGACAAGGGCUGUAAAUAAUCAUCAAAUCUCAAAAUGUCAGUUUCAUUCCUAUACAUUACACUUUCAGGUACUCUAUUAGUUACCAAAGAUCAGGGAAAACAUGGUAUUUGUCUUUUUGGGAAUGGCUUAUUUUACUGAUCUUUUGUUUUAAUUUUGUUGAUUUAUUCUCUAAUUUUAAUUAUUUCUUUCCUUCAAUUUUUGGGUUUCAUUUGUUGUUUUUCUAGAUCUUUGAGAUGAAUUGAAAGCUAAUUUAUUUGGCGCCUUUCCAAUUUUUUGAUGUAAGCACCAAUUGCUAUAAAUGUCCCUCUUAACCCUGCUUUUCUAUUGUAUUGCUAUCUUCAUUUGUUUCCAGAAAGUUUUUAAUUUCCUUUUUGAUUUCUUCUAUGAUCCACUUUGUAUUCAGGAGCAUGUUGUUCAGUCUCCAUGUGUUUGCAUAUUUUCUAGAGAUUCUUAAGUUACUAAUUUGCAGCUUCAUUCUGUUGUGGUCAGAGAAAAUGCAUGGUAUGAUUUCAGCCCAUUAAUAUUGUAUUUGUUGAGACUUACUUUAUGGCCUAAUAUAUGGUCAAUCCUAGAGAAAGUUCUGUGCACUAAUGAAAAGAAUGUAUAUUCUUCAACUGUGGGAUAAAAGGUUCUUAUUUUUUUUUUUUGACAGGCAGAGUUAGAGACAGAGAGAAAGGUCUUCCUUUUUCCGUUGGUUCACCCCACAAAUGGCCGCUACAGCUGGUGCGCUGUGGCCAGCGUGCUGCACUGAUCUGAAGCCAGGAGCCAGAUGCUUCCCCCUGGUCUCCCAUGUGGGUGCAGGGCCCAAGCACUUGGGCCAUCCUCCACUGUCUUCCCGGGCCACAGCAGAGAGCUGGACUGGAAGAGGAGCAACUGGGACAGAAUCCGGCACCCCAACAGGGACUAGAACCUGAGGUGCCGGCGCUGCAGGUGGAGGAUUAGCCAAGUGAGCCGCAGUGCCGGCCAAAAGGUUCUGUAGAUAUCAGUUAGGUCCAUUUAGUCUACGGUGUCAAUUAGCUCUUUUUUGUUGUUGUUGAUUUUCUGUCUAGUUGAUCUGUCCAUUGAUGAAAAUAGAGGUUGAAGUCGCCCAUUAAUAUUGUAUUGGAGUCUAUUGAAGAUCUUUCCUAGUCAUGUCUAUUAGGUGUUCUAUGUGCCUCGUGUACUUAGAUGUCCUAAGUUAGAGAAGUUUUCUGUUAUUAUCUCACUGAAUAGGCCUUCUAAUCCAUUCUCUCUUUCUAUACCUUCAGGAAUGCCUAAGACCCUUAUGCUGGGUCAUUUGAUGGUAUCCCAUAAGUCUCCAAUACUGUUUUUAAUUUUUCUAAUUUCUUCUUCUUGUUUUUUUUUUUUUUUUUUGGUAUGACAGAAAUUUCCAACAAUUUGUCUUCCAGCUCACAUAUUUUUUCUUCUGCCUCAAUAAGUCUGUUGUUAAGGUUUUCUAUUGUGUAUUUUAUUUGACAUUUCUAAUUCUUCAUUUCUAAUAUUUCAUUUGAUUUCUCUUCAGAAUCUCAAUUUCAUGAGAAAAUUUUUCAUUCUUGUCAUGUGGGUUUCUUUAACUCAAUAAUUUGCUUCUUGUUGCUUCUGAGUAAUCUUAUGAUAAUUUUUUUGAAUUCCUUUUCAGGCAUUUCAUUAAUCUCUUUGUCUUUACAUUCUAAUAUUGAAGUAAUAUGUUCCUUUCAGAGAGCCGUAUUGUCUUCCUUAUUCUUGUUUCUUGAAUUUCUGCAUUUAUUUCUAAGCAUUUGUGGAAAUACUUGUUGGUUUUCCCCUCUGAUGGAUUCUAUCAGAACAGUGCCUCUGUGGCUUAGUGGAACGUCUGCUCUUUCAGCGAGUCCUAGAAUUGUGUGCUGGGUGUGGCCAGGGAGCUCUGGUGGUGCUUCAGGGUUGGGUGAGAAUGCAGAGUGAUACCCAAGUUGGGUUUGGUAGGUCUUCUCCAUUGUCAGCAGGGGAGAGGAUAUGAUCAUGCCUCUUGGCACAAUCACAACCUUACUUCAUCUCUUCCAAGGUAAUCUGUGACCAGGGUUUAUCCCACAGUGGAUACAACCCCAUCUAUGCUGGUGCAUGAACUCCACAAAGGAUCUUUGUGGUCCUCAGUGUGAAGAAGAAACCCUCUGCAAUGACCCACUCCUGUCUGUCUGUGAUUGUCCCGAGGUCCUGUUAUACCUUGUACCAUAUUGUUGAGUCACAGAAUUCCCACAGCCACAGCAUAAAAGGCUCCCUCAUUCAUGGGGUGUAGAGGGUCUGUGUGGCCCCGCAAGCCUUCCCCCAUCCACGGAGAGAGCAGAGAUGUUCCCAGAUCCAGCUGCCGGUAGGUGUUCCACCUUGGCAGUUUGAGCCCUGGAGCUUGUGAUAUGUUGAGAGGAUGGGGACACUGCAUAGUCCUAAGUGGGUGCCCAGCCCCCUGUCAACACUCCAGCCAGGUAUAAAGUCAGAAGGGCACAUGACUUUUUCCCUCUGGGCAUGCACAAGAGCCACUGUAGCCUCCCCUGGUGUUAAAAUGGUGCUUCUCGGCCAGCGCUGUGGCAUAGCGAGUAAAGCCACUGCCUGCAGUGCCGGCAUCCCAUAUGGGCACUGGUUCAAGUCCUGGCUGCUCCACUUCCCAUCCAGCUCUCUGCUAUGGCCUGGGAAAGCAGUAGAAGUUGGCCCAAGUCCUUGGGCCCCUGCACACGCAUGGGAGACCUGGAAGAAGCUCCUGGCUCCUGGCUUCGGAUUGGCCCAGCUCGGGCCACUGUGGCCAAUUAGGGAUUAAACCAGCAGAUGGAAGACCUUUUUUCCUCUCUCUCUCUCUGCCUCUCUUCUCUCUGUGGAACUCUUUCACAUAAAUAAAUAAAUCUUAAAAAAAAAAAAAACAAAAAACAAACGGUGCUUCUCCCCCCAAGUUGCUGGGUGUUUUUGUUGGGGGAUGGGAAGAAAGAAUCGUGCUUUUCUUUAGCUGGAUUAGAUGGGUACCCUGCCCCCUCCAGGGCUCCAGGCUGGACUCAAAGACAGCAUGGGCCUCAAGGCUGUGCCUUAGGCCGUGUCACUAGUGGCAUGGGCUGCCGCAGUGCGCUCUCAGCUCACUCUGCAAAGCUGGCGUCUCCUCCUGCUCCUGGCUGCAGGGGUCAUCUGCUCUGAGCUCGUGGCUGAGUGGCUGCACCCUCCACGUGGCUGGAUGGUGUCUAUUCUGUAGGAGUUCCACUGCAAACUUCUCUCCAGCUCUACCCUGGGAAUGAGCUUCGUCUGCUUUUCUUCUAUUUCCCUCUGGUCAAAUGCAGCAUGUGUGUUCCCUAUUCAGCCAUCUUGGAGGGAGCAAUAGAAACAUUUUUAAAUCAGUGGUGAUGACUGUGUGACUUUCUGAAUAUUCUAAAAAACUUCACUGAAUCGUAUACUUUAAAAGGAUGAAUUUUAUGCAGAUUGCAUUCAAAUGAGGGAUCUGGCUUGUUCACUGAAACAUCUUGUUCAGUGAAAAGUUCUACCACCCAAAUCAACAGCAGUUUCUUCUGUUCAUCUGAUGUUUCAUAUUUGGGUUGUGCACUGGAGACAUUGUUGGGUGUGGCCUGUUUCAAUAAGUGUCUUCCUCUAACAAAGCUGUUGAAGGACCUUGACCUUGGUCCCCUGAUGGUGGUGCAGGCCUCAGAUGCCCCUGUGGCUCGUGUCCUAGUGGGAGCAUCAGGAAAGCUUUGUCCUAAGGUGCAGUCCUGUGUUCCUGUAGACGCAAAGGGUGCUGGUGCUGUUCCUGCAGGCAAAGCUGCUAGCCCAGGUGUGGGCCUUGGCUUUCUACUCCUGUGAACUCCGUUGUCUCCCAAACGCUUCUCCUGUGUUCAGAGUCAGGAGGAUGGGGCGCUGGGCAGAGGGGAAGCGUAGUCGUGAGUUCUGGCUGGCAGGGGGAUGGGCAGCUUAGUUGGAGCAGUCUGGAGGGCAUGUCGUUGGGAUUGGAGCUUUGCCAGGAAGACGGCAAGGGUGACACUGCAACACCUGGACAUGCCUGAUUCUAGGGUCCAGCUCAUCUGGAUCCAGUGCUGGACGAGGUCUCACAGCCCCAGGAACUCCAGGUAUCACGAGGGCCUGCAUUGGCUCCUCCUUGGGCCAAUUUGCCUGCAGUGGUUCCUUUCUCUCUGUGCCCUCUGACACUCAGUUGAGCAGAAAUGGAAGCUUAAAAUUUGAAAAGCUGUGUGGUUAGCAUACUUAAAACAAUUUUUAAAAAGAUUUAUUUAUUAGAGUUACAGAGGGAGGUAGAAGCAGAGAGAGAGGUCUUCCAUCUGCUGGCUCACUCCCCAAAUGACUGCAAUGGCCAGAGCUGAGCCAAUCUGAAGCCACGUGCUUAUUCUGGUUCUCCCAUGUGCCUGCAGGGGCCCCAGGGCUCGGGCCAUCUUUUACUGCUUUCCCAGGCCACAGCAGAGAGCUGGAUUGGAAGUGGAGCAGCUGGGAUUCGAACCAGCGCUGAUAUGGGAUGCUGGCGCUGCGGCGAUGCUUUAACCUCUGCGCCACAGUGCCGGCCCCAAAACAAAUUUUAAUUCAUUCAUUGGAGAGACAGAACAAGUGAGUCCCAUCUGCUGAUUGACCCCCUUAAAUGCCUGCAAUGACUGGGGCGAAGGCUAGGCACAAUCCAGGUCUCCUACGAGUGUGGCAGGAACCCAUUUACUUGAGCCAUCUUUGCUGUCUCCCAAGGUCUGCAGAGGCAGAAAGCUGGAAUCAGGAGCCAGAAAUUAAACUUAGGUGAUCCGAUGUGGGACAUGGGCCAGGCUGAAUACUCUAAUAGCAAAUCUCGAAUGCAAAGUGAGGGUAACCUAGAAAUGAAAGCAUCCGAGCUUUACAAUCAAAUAGCAACCUUUGUGGCAGAGAUCUGGGGAUCAAAUGUGAAGAGGAGAAGUGGGGCUCACCUGUAGAGUUGGGGAAAGGAAAGCAUGGACGUCACAGGUGCUCUCAGAGUGUAAUCACUUGUUCUAAAUUGCUGUUCCCUCAUUCUCAGGUCAGUAAAUAAGCUAUCACUAGUGGUAAAAGACAGGCCUUUUUCUUAUUUAUUUUUUAAGGCAAAAUAUCAUUUUAUUUUUUAUUUUUUUCUAGCUAUUUUAUAUAUUCCCCCCCCCCCCAGAACCUUUUAUUUAAGGAAUACAAACUUCACGCAUUUUAUAAUAACAACUUUAGGAACAUGGUGAUUCUUUGCACAGUAUCUGCCCUCCCACCCCUCUUCCUCCUCCCUCUCAUAUUUCCAUUCUUACUUUUUACUAAGAUCUAUUUUCAGUUAACUUUAUACACAUAAAAUUUACUCUAUGUUAAGAAUUCAACAAAUAGUAUUAAAAAAACUGUUCCUCAACAAUCAAGAUGAGGGCUGUUCAAAGCCAUUGCAUUUCAGAGUGUCAAUUUCACUUCUAUAGAUUACCUUUUAGGUGCUCUAUUAGAUAUCACAGAUCGGGGAGAACAUAUGGUGUUUGUGCUUUUAGGACUGGCUUAUUUCACUAAGUAUGAUGUUUUCCUGUUUCAUCUUUUUUUAAAAGAUUUAUUUGAAAGGCAGAUUUACAUAGAGGCAGAGAGAGAGGUCUCCCAUCUGCUGAUUCACUCCCCAGAUGGCCACAAUGGCUGGAGCUGUGCCCAUCUGAAGCCAGGAGCUUCUUCUGGGUCUUCCAUGUGGGUGCGGGGGCCCAAGGACUUGAGCCAUCUUCUGCUUUCCCAGGCCAUAGCAGAGAGCUGGAUUGGAAGUGGAGCAGCUGGGACUCAACUGGUGUCCAUAUGGGAUGCUGGCACUGCAGGUGGUGGCUUUACCUGUUACACCAUAGUGCUGGCCCUGGUUUCAUCCAUUUUUCUGCAAACGACAGGGUUUCAUUUUUAAAAAUAGCUGUAGUAUUCCAUGGUGUACAUAUCCCAUAAUUUCUUUAUCCAGUGGACAGGCAUUUGGGUUGACUCCAUAUCUUAGCUAUUGUGAAUUUGAGCUGCAAUAAACAUGGGAGUACAGAUAACUCUUUUUAUAUACUGAUUUUAUUUCUCUUGGGUAAAUUCCUGGAAGUGGGAUGACUGGGUCAUAUGGUAGGGCUAUAUUCAGGUUUCUGAGGAAUCUCCAUACUAUCUUGAACAGUGGCUGUACCAAUUUACAUUCCCACCAACAGUGGAUUAGGGUACUCUUUUUCCCACAUCCUGGACAGCAUUUGUUGAUUGUUGAUUUCUGUAAGAAAGCCAUUCUAAUAGGGGUGAGGUGAAACAUCAUUGUAGAUGCAUGAAUUGAUUUCUGGCAUUUCUAUUCUGUUCCAUUGGUCUAUCCAUCUAUGUACCAGUACCAAGGUGUUUUGAUUAUAACUUCCCUGUAGUAUGUCAUGAAAUCUGGUAUUGUUAUGCCUCCAGCUUUGUUUUUGUUGUAUAAGAUUGCUUUAUAUUUCAAGGCCUCCUGUGUUUCCAUAUGAAUUUAAGCAUCAUUUUUUUGAUUUCUUGAAUGACCCACUGCUCAUUCAGGAGCCUGUUGUUCAAUCUCCACAUGUUUGCAUAUGUUCUAGAGAUUCCUGAGUUGCUGAUUUCCAGCCUUAUCCAUUGUGGUCUGAGAAGAUGCAUAGUGUGAUUUUGAUUUUUUUGGAAUUUGCUGAGACUUGCUUUAUGGCCUCGCGUGUGGUGAAUCCUAGUGAAAGUUCCAUGCACCAGGGAGAAAAACGUGUAUUCUACAACUGUAGGACAGAAAGUUCUGUAGAUAUCUGUUAGGUCCAUUUGGUCUAUAGUGUCAAUUAAUUCUGCUCUUUCCUUGCUGAUUCUGUCUGAUUGAUCUGUCCAUUGCUGAAAGUAGGGUAUGGAAGACCCCAUUACUAUUGUAUUAGAGUCUAUGUCUCCAUUUAGAUUCAUUAACAUUUCUUUUAUGUAGCCAGGUACCCUGUAAUUAGGUGCAUAUACAUUUAUAAUAGUCACAUCUUCCUGUUGAAUUGAUCCCUUAAUCAUUACAUAGUACCCCUCUUUGUCUCUUUUUAAUAGUUUUUGUGUUAAAAUCUAUUUUGUCUGCUGUUAGGAUGGCUACACCAGCUCUUUUUGGUUUCCAUAGCAUGGAUUAUCUUUUUCCAUCCUUUCACUUCCAGUCUGUGUGCAUCUUUGUUAGUGAGAUGUGUUUCUUGUAGUCAGCAAAUAGAUGGGUUUUGUUUUUUAAUCCAUUCAGCCAGUCUGUCUUUUAACUGGAGAGUUGAGGCCAUUUACAUUCAAGGUGACUAUUGAUGAAUAAUGGCUUUACCCUGCCAUUUUCCCAAAAAUAUUCCUAUUUUUUAUUUUGGAUUUCCUUUGGACUCCUGGGAGAUUUUUUUGCCUGCACCUUCUUUCAUAAAGGAUGAUCAUCCAUGUUUCUGUUUCUAUGUAUAGCAUAUCCUUAGCAUCUUUUGCAAGGCUGGAUGGAUGGUGACAAAUUCUUUCUGUUUGUUAUGGAAUGUCUUUAAUUCACUUUCAUUCAUAAAUGAGAGUUUUGCAGGGUAAAGUAUUCUGGGUUGAUGUUUUUUUUUUUUUUUUCUCUUAAGACUUGGAAUAUAUCUUGCCAUUCUUUCCUAGCCUGUAGGGUUCUGGUAAGUCCGCUCUGAGUCUAGUUGGAGAUCUUCUGAAAGUAAUUUGGUGUUUCUCUCGUGUAUAUUUUAGAAUCUUCUCUCUAUGUUUUUCUGUCAUGAGUUUGAUUAUAAUGUGUCGUGGUGAAGAUUUUUUCUGGUCAUGUCUAUUAGGAGUUCUGUGUGCUUCCUGUACUUGGUUGUCCCUUUCUUUCUCCAAAUUAGGGAUGUUUUUAGAAAUAUUUGCACUAAAGAGGCCUUCUAAUCUGUUCUCUGUUUCCAUGCCUUCAGGAGCUCCUAAGUCCUCUAUGUUUGGUCAUUUGAUAUUAUCCUAUAGAUCUCCAACAGUGUUUUUUAGUUUACUAGUUUCUUCUUGUUUUUGGUCUGACUGUAAAAUUUCUAGAAAUUUGUCUUCUAAAUCAGAUAUUCUUUCUUCUGCUUCACCAAAUGUGUUGUUAAGUCUUUCCAUUGAAUUUUUUGUUCUAUUGAAUUCUUCAUUUCUUUCUUUUCUUUUAAUUUGACAGGUAGAGUUAGAGAGAGAGAGAGAGAGAGAGAGAGAGAGAGAGAGAGAAACAGAGAAACAGAGAAACAGAGAGAAAGGUCUUCCUUCCAUUGGUUCACUCCACAAAUGCUGCUAUGGCUGGCGCUGCGCUGAUCUGAAGCCAGGAGCCAGGUGCUUUUUCCUGGUCUCCCAUGCGGGAGCAGGGGCCCAAGCACUUGGGCCAUCCUCCACUGCCCUCCUGGGCCACAGCAGAGGUCUGGACUGGAAGAGGAGCAGCCGGGAUUUGAACCUGGCGCCCAUAUGGGAUGCCGGCACCGCAGGUGGAGGAUUAACCAAGUGAGCCAUGGCACUGGCCCCUUGAAUUCUUCAUUUCUAAGAUUUCAUUUUGAUUUUAAGAUCACAAUUUUGUUGGAAAAAUCUUUCAUGUCAUGUAUGGAUUUCCUUAGUUCAUGCAUUUGUUUUUGAUUACUUCUAAGUAAUCCUAUGAUCAAUUUUUUGAAUUCCAUUUCUGACAUUUCUUGAAUAUCUUCAUCUUUACAGUCUAUUAUUGAAGUGUUAUUUUGGGGGCAUCAUGUUGUCAUCCUUAUGAUGUCUUGAAUUUGUGCGUUUAUUAUUUGGCAUUUCUGUAAAUGUGCAUUGGUUUUUUGUUUUCACUGUGGUGGCUUUUAUCUUGGACUUUGUCUCUGUGGAUUAGUGGAGUAUCUACUUUUUCAGUGAAUACCUAGAGGCGUAUGGUGGGAGCCCUGUUUAGUGCUCCAGGGUGAAGGGAGUAUCUAAGGUGACACUCAGGUUGGGCAUGAUAAGUCUCCUCUUUUUUUUUUUUUUUAUUGGAGGGGAGAUUUGGUUCAGCUCUGAUGGUAUAGACUCAGCUCACCUCCUUUCCUCAUAGGAGAGCAGUGCUUAGAUGCCAGUCCCAGCCUGAGCCCUCCCACUCAGACUCAGUGUUUUCACAGUCCCGCCACACAAGCCUCCCACAGGCAUAAGCACCCAGCCCCCUGUCAUUUCUCCCUGCCAGACUCUGGCAUCUCUGCCUUGCUGGUUGCUGGGUGCAGACACGAACUGGCACAGCUGUUAUGUAUGUUCAGAAUGGUGCCAUCUCUAUAGGCUUGUUACAGAAUGCUGUGGCAGGGGUGAUCGGGGAGAGAGAAAUGUGCUUCCACCGUUUUUAUCUGAUAGUUUGGCAGGUACACUAUCCCCCACAGGACUCCAAACUGGUUUCCCUCCAGGCUCUUCCUGCAGCUUUAUUGCUAGUGCCUUGGGCUGCUGCAUCUGGUCUUGCCUUACUUACUCUCCCAAGGUGGUGCAGAGGCUCUCGGCUGCUGAGGUCCUGAGUUGUGCACAUCCAUAGCCUCCACAUAUAUCCACUGUGCCCCUCUAAUUUGUGUGAAGUUUCCUCUGCCAUUUUCUCUCCAACUCUUCCCUGAGACCGCAUUCUCUCCACUUUUUUUUUUUUAAAGAUUUAUUUAUUUGAGAGGCAAAGAGAGAGAGAGAAGGAGGAAGGGAGGGAGGGAGGGAG